CUGUGGGACAUGGCACAAGGAAAUAAUUAUGGGCAAAGCAGCAAUGGGGUGGCUGAUGAAUCCCCAAACAUGCUGGUGUACAGAAAGAUGGAAGACGUCAUAGCUCGCAUGCAAGAUGAGAAAAAUGGGAUUCCUAUUCGUACAGUCAAAAGUUUUCUUUCCAAGAUCCCCAGUGUCUUUUCUGGUUCAGACAUUGUUCAGUGGUUGACAAAGAACUUAUCUAUAGAAGAUCCAGUGGAAGCUCUACAUUUGGGAACGCUGAUGGCAGCACAUGGUUAUUUUUUUCCAAUCUCAGACCAUGUUCUAACACUAAAGGAUGAUGGCACAUUUUAUCGAUUCCAGACGCCCUAUUUUUGGCCUUCAAAUUGUUGGGAGCCGGAAAACACAGACUAUGCGGUUUACCUCUGCAAGCGGACAAUGCAAAAUAAAGCAAGGCUAGAGCUAGCAGACUAUGAAGCUGAGAGCUUGGCCAGGCUACAGCGAGCAUUUGCUCGGAAGUGGGAGUUUAUUUUUAUGCAAGCUGAAGCACAAGCAAAAGUUGACAAGAAGAGAGACAAGAUAGAAAGGAAAAUUCUUGACAGCCAGGAGCGAGCGUUUUGGGAUGUGCACCGGCCAGUGCCUGGAUGUGUAAACACUACUGAAGUGGAUAUAAAAAAGUCUUCAAGAAUGAGAAAUCCACAUAAAACAAGAAAGUCUGUCUAUGGCUUACAAAAUGACGUCCGAAGUCACAGCCCUACUCACACACCAGUACCAGAGUCUAAGCCUCCCACAGAAGAUGAACUACACCAAGAGAUUAAACACUGGCAAAUGCAAUUAGACAGACAUCGAUUAAAAAUGUCAAAAGUUGCAGAGAGUCUAUUAGCUUAUACAGAGCAGUAUUUGGAAUAUGAUCCUUUUCUUGUGCCCCCUGAUCCCUCAAACCCUUGGAUAUCUGAUGACACCACUUUCUGGGAACUGGAGGCAAGCAAAGAGCCAGGACAGCAGAGGGUGAAACGAUGGGGAUUUGGCAUGGAUGAAGCUUUGAAAGACCCUGUGGGAAGAGAGCAGUUUCUCAAGUUUCUGGAGUCUGAAUUCAGUUCAGAAAAUUUAAGGUUCUGGUUAGCAGUAGAAGACCUGAAGAAGAGGCCUAUCCGUGAAGUUCCUGCUCGUGUCCAAGAAAUCUGGCAAGAAUUUCUUGCUCCAGGUGCACCCAGUGCCAUCAAUCUAGAUUCAAAAAGUUAUGACAAAACCACGCAGAAUGUAAAAGACCCUGGAAGAUACACAUUUGAAGAUGCUCAGGAGCACAUUUACAAACUGAUGAAAAGUGAUUCUUACCCUCGUUUUAUACGAUCCAGUGCCUACCAGGAGCUGCUACAGGCCAAGAAAAAGGGCAGAAACAUCCCUAUUUUCCCAUGCCAUAAAAACUGUACACCAACACUGAGGGCGAGCACUAACCUGUUAUGAAAAGAGGGGAAAUCGCUCACAUCAAAGAGGUUAACCAGUCUAGUGCAGUCCUACUAAAAGGAUCACCUUGUAGCAUGGAAGCAGACUCAAAUCAUUAUACAUACUUUAUAGCUCACUGAUUGCCUGAAUCAGAGGACAGUAGAACAAGAUGUUGCAUGAGCAAGGACCUGACUUGUUUUCUUUUGUGUAUACUAAGGCAUUACAGACUCCGAGGGACUCUCUAGCCUUUCGAUGCCUCCAUUUCGAAAACUGUCUGCUCACUUCCUCCUUCAUAUCAAGCUGGAUCUGUGUCUUUUUAUUUUCUGCAAGCUCAAGUACAGUGAAAAAAAAGCUUCUGCUAGGCACAGUUUAUUAAAAAAAUACGUCAAUCAAAAACUGGAAGAAAUGUAAAAAAUGCAUAUAUUAAUAAAUAUACAUAUGGCAUCACAUUUAUUGCACAAUAAAUUAGCACAGAAGGUUUCAUUUCACUGAUGUAUGCACAUUGAGAAAGAAAACCUGUGUCUUUGUCUGUUGUCUGUAUAUUCUCUGUUAAUGUUUCUUGCAUUUAUUUUUAUACCAUAUUUAAAAAAGAACACCUUUUACU